GCAUUGCUGGGCUCACUGGGUGAAUGUGACUGUAGCCCAGUAUGUGGGUGGCUCUCGUGGAGCUGAAAGAUGUGUGUCCCUGUCUCCGUGAUUAUACAGCCAAUGAGGAGCCACCUCAACAAACAUGGACUCAGGAGAAGGGAGAAGAAAGCCAGGCAUUCCUCCUGGGCAUGUGAGCUAGUGGGCUCCACAGGCAGAUGUCCUUCCUCAUGCCAACACCCCAGUGUGCAACACGGGACUUCCUAAGAAGAGAUGGGAACACCCCAGAGCAAGUCGUCGGAAGAGAGUAGCCUCUUAAGCAAGGUGCCACUUAAGAUUCCUCUGUUCCUUUCACAUCAGCUCAGUGUGAUGGGAGCUGUGGGUCACUCUCAUUGCAGAAGGGCAGGUGUCCUGCAAUGGGAGUGAGUCACUCAAAGCAAACACAGACACUUGCCACCAAGAAUUGCUCAAGAGUUUCUCUGAUGACCGGAAAUUAUGACACAACAUGAGAACUUGGGGGAUUUUGUUUAGAAAACACAUAAGAGGUGGCUGGUAUGCUGCUCUGAUUUUGUCACUGGUGUGUCUUUUCUGAGUUACUGUUUGCUAGCUAAUUAAUAGACAGAUACAUGAAUUGGUGAAGGUUGAUAGUAUAAUCUUAAUAGAGCUGCUUCAUGGCAAAUCUGAAAUGACACUGAUCUCAAAAGUAGAGCCACUUACUUUGCUUGGCACACACACAGCCUACAAUUAGGUGCAUUUCUAUGUUAAUCCCAGUUUCUGCUGUGAGCCUAUCUAUUCCAGGCAUGCAACCAAAACUGUUCAGCAUGGACCUGGACAUCAACAUCAACUCAUACUAGAUAACCUAUAUAUUCCAUAUUUGAGCUGCCUCAUGCUAUCUGCUGCUUUUCAGAGGGAGAGCUUAAAUAAAGCUGCUGAAAAUGCACAAGUUACUAUUUCCCAAACCAAACGUAGAAGACUGAAGAUGCUGCACUGCUGGACUCCACUCACUUCCAUAAAUGAAGAAAUCUCUGAGAGAAAGAAUAGGGAUUUUCUUCAAAUCAGGAGAGAUUUAUAUUUAAGCCCCUUGAAGCAAUGGAAUUGAGCCCCAAACUUUCAUGGUUGGUAUUUGGAACGGUAAGCUUACAGAAGAGAUGCUGCUGGAAUUUCUUCCCUAGGAAGCAUCCCCAAAGUCUCCGUGGGACCACAGAACAACUCAGGAUGAAGGAGAUCUUUGGGCUUAGCACCUUGUCCAUCCUCUGGAUAACCCUUCACCAGAAUGCCAGCCUCCCACUCCUUGUUCACGUCUAGUGCGCUGUCAUGUCUCUGACUAGACUGCAAGAGUCUCAGACUGUGGACUUUCAUUUUGUCUACAAAAUCUUUAAGCAUUUUUUACUACUGAAGGAGGAAAAAAGAAGUCUGGCAGGCACUCUUACAGGUCGGGACAGGCCAGGCAUGAUCCAGUGCCCCAACGAGCCAUUUCUUUCCUCCCCAGCACAACUGCACAGCACAUCUUUCUGGGAGGUCUCCACAGAUAAUCAGCCCUCUCUGUUACCUGCUAUGUACAAUUCCAUAUUCUCUAUGUGUUCAUUUAAUACAUCUCUUUAAACUGGUGCAGAAUGCUCAGGAUCACUGCCCUCUUUCUCUUAGCUCUUUAAUGUGACUGAUGAACAAUUGGCUAAUGCCUUCCCUUAGUAUGAGGUGAGAUAUACUGUAGUACCAAGUCCUUCUCAUCCCUGCAACAUGCUCUGACGCAAGGUGGCUUUGGUUUUAUAUAGUGACAGAGGGAUAACCAACCUCUGAGUGUCUUGCUUAACACAGCAGGCAUUUCUUUCACCCUAAUUAAAAGGUGCCCAUGAUUGAUAGGCGGGUGUAUAUAUGCCUUCUCUUUCAAGAUCACAGUGUCUCAAAGUAUCCUUGUAAAUGCCAGGAAAUCUUUUGGUGAUAUGUGUGUAACUGCUGAAGGAAAAAAAAUAUAUUAUUGAUGCUGUGCUGAAUAAGCAAUGAAGGCAACAAUGGCUACUAACAACACGCCAGCUAGAGUAUUUGAAAAGAGGCUAUAUUUCCUCAUAGAUUUGUCUGUGAAAUAAGCUGUGGUUGCUGUGCACUGCAGCUGAGCUUUACUCAGGUUUAGGCUAUCCUUUUCUUUCCUUGUUUUUGAUACUGGUAAUUUGGAUACAUACAUAAUCAUCCCCACCGUCGCUUUGUAGGCACUUUUUAUUUCCUCUCUCAUUCACAUUAUUUGGAAGUGGAUCUGUGAGUUGUGCCUGAAUAUCUAUAUUUCUUGUAUUUGUAUUUUCAGCAUCUUCAAGUCGGAAAUGGAAAUGGAAAUUGGAAUGGAAAGACCCCAAGGAAAUUAUUUUUGGCCUCCUAGUUGUAAAGGAGUAUGUCAUGCAAACCAAACACGCUUCUGCUUCCUUUGCUGCAGGCUAUUCCCCUGGGAUGGGGCAGACCCAUGAGGCAGGAUGUCUCACACAGAUAUCUUAGUGCACGGAGGCUAUGCGAUCCCCUUGUUACAUGUAUAAACGCUUGCAUAGGUAAAUUCUGCUUGAUGGGAAGCAGGUAAAAUGAAAUGGGGAGGCAGGUUCUUCCCCUUCUUCUUCUUUCAGUGGGCAAUGCACCUGUGAGAGCGUGGGCUCUUGUUUUAAUCAUCUGACUUGCAUUGCGCAAACUAAGCAGUAGUUAAGGCAUAGCAUCUGUAAAAUCUGAGCCCAGGUUUUGCUUCUCCUUCAUUAAAUGUAUGGUGGUGUGGCAAGCUGUUCUUCAUAAACUGAGUCCAUUUCCAUUUUUUUUCAUGAGCUGUAUUUUAAGAACAUUAUUUGUGUGUAUAGGUAUGACACUUCUCACAAAUUAGAAAUGUCUCAUAAUGCUGAUAAAAUGGGGGCUUAGAAUGAAGAAUUUCUUCACCUACCACAAUAACAAAUGUGUUGGAUGUCUAACCUAUGCUACACUGCAGUAUAUAUUGAUAACUGUGUAUCAUACUUCUACAUGUAAUGAAGACAAGGUAACAAAUCCUGUGCCUCUGGAAAAGCCAUCCUUUGCAAAUUCUGUCUAUACAUAAUCUUAAACAGCAUUCAUACUGAUAGCAAAAACUAAAUGUAUUUUGUAUAUUUUGUAAUGCAAAGGGAGAGAAUGGCUGCUUGGCUGGAUGACAUUAGCAAACAGACCAUCUCUAAUCUUCUCUUCAGCGCAUGACCUACAUCUUGUUGCUAUCAUUCUUCUUUUCUUUGAGUGAAUAACUCUCAUUUCAUGAGGUUUUUCUAAGCAGAACCCAUCCUUCAGUAUGCCUGGUAAGUACCAAGUGCUUUUGGCUGUUUGCAUUCUGAUUCCUGGUUCCCAAUGCAGAACCAACACAGAUCUCCUAAAAUACAGUAUCAUAAAAAUCCAGCCACAUUCCCCAGGACACAAAGCAUUACUUAUCUUAAAGCCAAUAGUCAGGGCAGUACCGCAGUCACACACUUAUCAUAUCAUAUACAGGAUAAGGCUGGGAUCAUAGACUGGAGCUGAUAUCAGAAGGGCUGUGUGAUAUUCAGAGCAAAGCCAAGGCUGCCAAGUAUCACUAGAGCUGUGAAAAGGAGGAGAAAUCCCACCAAAUGGCAAACUAUCGUGGUAGCCCAGCCUGGACAUGCUUUGUAAAAAGCUCUUCUGAUGUAAAUGGUGUUCUUCAGGCUUUGAGGAAGCUGUCUGGGAAAAUGACUGUACACAGGAUUUUUGUUGUUACUUGGCCUGAUGGCUCACUCAGCAUCUUGGUGUCCUCACUGCCUUUUGGUCAGAGUCAUGUUAUUAUGAGUAGAUAAUUGUGUAUUUAGCUUGUAACUCCUUGGUUAAGACUACAAUUUAAAAUAAUGAUGGAAUUUAAUUUAUAUCAGUGAUGCUCCCCAUAUGAACUCAACACAAGGCUAUAAUAAACUCAUUUAUAAGUGACACAUUUCCUUCAAACCCAGCCAAAAUGAAAAAUAUAAAAAUGAGAAGAAAUGACUUUCUGCACUUAGAGUGCUCUCCGAAAAGAGGACUGAGAUGGUUAAAAUUGCAUCUGUUGAGGCGUAUGAGCAGUUGGCAAGUUUCUUCAUAAUUUUCACAGGCAAAAUUAGACCAAUUCAAGAAUAACUGAGUCACAGGGCAUUUUGAUUGGAUAUUUCUUAGCAAGAAUCUGAAGCAACAUGUGCUUCAUGAAUGCUGUUGGCAAACAUCUUAAUGGUUUGUAAUUUGAUUUUUUGAGAACUAGUCAAGCUGAGGGUUAAGAUGAGGUUCUUAGACAUGGGAAAAUUUCCAAAAGAAUCUGAGUCUCCAUUUACUAAUUGAAGUCAUGUCAGGAAGCAUGUUUUAACAUGACCUUUAGGAAGUUGUUUAAUUUGUUGUUAAUAUACUAAUUUUCUCUUUACCCUCCAGUAUAUACAGCAGUCUUACACAGACUUUUUUUUCUCUGUGCCAACACAAAGGCGGAAAAAGGAGCUGCUGACACUAACAAGGAAAGAAGGAUGGUGGUCAUUCUUGGAGAAGACGCCUCUCUCCUUAAUAGCCUGACACAGCGAGGUGGCUGCCCACAAAUUAGGAAACUGUUUCCAGAGCUCAUCAUCGCCCAAGUGAGGUGGUUGCCAUGACAGGUUAUUCAGCAAUAGUUAUGAACUCCCGUUUACGAGCCUUAGGUGGGAGGAUAAAUAACAUACGAGCAUCAGAACUACCAAAAGAGAAAACUCGAUCAGAGAUAACCUGUAACGUUCACUUUUUGGAUGGCUCAAUACAAAGCUUCAAAGUCAAUAAACAAGACACUGGUCAGAUUUUGCUGGAUAUGACCUAUAGUCAGUUGGGUGUGACAGAAAAGGAAUAUUUCGGUUUACAGCAAAAUGAAACUUCAGUAGAUUCACCUUUUUUCAUUUCACAGCGAUGGCUUGAACCAAACAAACCUAUUAGGAAACAGUUAAAAGGAGGUUUUCCCUGCACCCUUCGUUUUCGUGUAAGGUUUUUCAUACCUGAUCCAAACACACUUCAGCAAGAGCAAACCAGGCACUUAUUCUUCUUGCAACUGAAGACUGACAUUGUAGAAGGAAGGUUGUCAUGCCCUAUUAAUUCUGCUGUUGUGCUGGCAUCAUACGCAGUACAAUCACAACUUGGAGACUAUGAUGCUUCAAUACAUCAUUCAGGAUAUCUGUCCAAUUACAACUUUAUACCAGACCAGAACAAAGAUUUUCUUACCAAAGUAGAAGCACUACAUGAACAACACAGUGGCCUCAAGCAAUCUGAAGCAGAGUCCUGCUACAUAAAUAUUGCACGGACGCUUGAAUUCUAUGGAGUGGAAUUGCACAGUGGUAGAGAUCUCCAUAAUCUAGAUCUCAUGAUUGGUAUUGCAUCCAGUGGAAUUGCUGUGUAUAGAAAACUCAUCUGCACAAGCUUCUAUCCCUGGGUGAACAUAUUAAAAAUUUCCUUUAAAAGGAAAAAGUUUUUUAUACAACAACGGCAAAAACAUAAUGAAUCCAGAGAGCAUAUUGUUGCCUUCAACAUGUUAAAUUACAGAGCAUGCAAAAAUCUGUGGAAGUCUUGUGUAGAGCAUCACACGUUUUUUCAGGCAAAGAAGUCACUACCUCAUGAAAAAAAAAUAUUAUCACAUUAUUGGACCCUAGGUUCUAGAAAUCCAGCAAAGUCUGUAAACAGUCAGUACUGCAGAAAAGUCAUAGGUGGAAUGGUUUGGAACCCAUCUAUGAGGAGAUCUUUAUCUGUUGAGCAUCUGGAGACCAAAAGCCUUCCUUCUCGAUCACCUCCUGUUACCCCUAAUUGGCGGAGUCCUAGACUGCGUCAUGAAAUUCGUAAGGCACGACAUUCAUCUGUAGAUAACCUUACAAAUGAGAUUUCUUAUAUUACUGAGACAGAAGAUGUUUUUUAUACAUAUAAGGGCUCUCCAACAUCCAAAGACAGUGAUUCAGAGUUCUCUCAGAACCACAGUCCACAGAGGAGGCCUUCUGAGCAAGAAUCACCAAAGAAUGUAUUGGGAAAUAGUCCAACUCGGAAUUCUCUGACCCGUACUUCACCUAAAGCAUUGACUCAGUCUCCCAACGGAGUUGGUAACAUUUCUGACUCUUACCCUCUGGAAGGGGUGGAUAAACACUUCCUAGAAACAUAUGACAAUGUUACAAAAAGUAGCUCAACAGAUGAUUCCAGUCAGUACUACUGUGAUAAGAAUGAGGUAAUUGAGGGAGAUUUACUUUUGGUGCGUAUCACACCAGAUGAAGAGGGGAAGUUCGGAUUUAAUCUAAAGGGUGGUAUAGACCAAAAAAUGCCCUUAGUGGUAUCAAGAAUAACUCCAGGAUCACCUGCUGACAAAUGCAUUCCAAAACUGAACGAAGGUGAUCAGAUAGUAUUAAUUAAUGGCAGAGAUAUCUCAGAACACACACAUGACCAGGUGGUCAUGUUUAUAAAAGCCAGCAGAGAAUCUCACACAAGAGAGCUUGCACUUUUGGUCAGGAGGAAAGUACAUCUUUCAGUUGUUAAACAGUUUGUGGAGCCUAGAUUGGAAGAUGAAGUUGAUUCCCAGAAUCUCCCAGAAGCUCUUCUUUGUUCUGAAUACGCUGAAACUCUGGAUGAGUCUAUGGAACAGCUAAGGAAAGGGCUGGAAAGUGGGACAGUCAUUCAUCAGUUUGAGCAACUUUAUAGAAAGAAACCGGGAUUGGCUGUUACAUGUGCAAAAGUGCCUCAGAAUAUGGACAAGAAUCGAUACAAAGAUGUUCUGCCUUAUGAUGCCACAAGGAUAAUAUUGCAGGGGGAUGAAGAUUACAUUAAUGCAAAUUAUGUGAAUAUGGAAAUUCCUUCUGUGGGCAUUGUGAAUAGGUACAUUGCUACUCAAGGGCCUCUUCCUCACACGUGUGCACACUUCUGGCAAGUUGUCUGGGAUCACAAGUUGUCGCUGAUCAUUAUGUUAACAACACUCACUGAACGUGGGCGGACAAAGUGUCAUCAGUAUUGGCCUGAUCCACCAGACGUAAUGGAGUAUGGCGGCUUUCGUGUCAGAUGCCACUCGGAAGAUUGUACAAUUGCGUAUGUUGUUAGAGAAAUGGUGAUUACAAACGUUGAGACAGAACAGCAACACACUGUCACUCAUCUUCAGUAUGUUGCUUGGCCCGAUCAUGGUGUUCCUGAUGACUCCAUGGAUUUCUUGGAGUUUGUGACCUGCAUGAGGCCAAAGAGAAUAGAGAAUGAGCCAGUUCUCGUUCACUGCAGUGCUGGAAUCGGUCGCACUGGUGUACUGGUCACUAUGGAAACAGCCAUGUGCUUAAUUGAAAGAAACCAACCUGUUUAUCCACUGGAUAUUGUAAGAAAAAUGCGAGACCAGCGAGCUAUGAUGGUUCAAACAUCAAGUCAAUACAAAUUUGUUUGUGAAGCUAUUCUUCGUGUUUACAAAGAAGGAUUGAUUCGACCACUGGAUUCUAGUUAGCACAGCAGUGAAGGAUGCAUUUUUUUCCCCUAAAAAGACUGCUUUUUAACUAAAGCAGGGGCUUAUUUCUCAAAGCAACUAGAAUGGACUAGAAGCCCAUGAGAAGACAGAUGAGCACAUUUGAACUGUGGCACUUUAAAUUUCUCAAGAAGAUUGCUAAAUCAUGUACAGUAUAAAGAAAUCAUGUAGAUAAAUAUGAGAGCAAUUGUGUGUAAAUGCUUUACUUAGGCACCAUAAGCAAUCAUGGAAACCUCAAUGCAUAUCUUUCACUGCCUUAAACAUCCCUCACUUUGGAAUUACAGAGAUCUUUGUGUUUCUUUUGAAAAUACAAAAGGAAAAUUAAUAGGACUGAAAUGACUCAGUUUAAGAAGGUAUUUAAUAUCUUUGUAUGAAAGUUCAUGGAAAGUGAAUAUUUGUAACUUUUUUACUGGGACAUUAAAUAUUUGUAGGAAUGUAACCUUGACUUCUCAAUGGCUGAUAAAGAGCUUCAAAGCCUAAUGCAUAACUACUGUACAUUAAGAAUAGGAGAAAUUAAGUAUUCACUUUCCAUAAGUCUAAUAGUAUGCCAGCUGUUAUAAUACUGUAUCACUGUAUGUGAUGUGCAAAACGAUACUUCAUUUAUACAUUUAAACAGAUGGUACAGUCUACAUCUUCUGUUGAUCAGUUUUACUUCCAUUUUGCCCUUUCAACAGUGACCUACUUCUUAGUGUUAGCUCUUGUAUUUCUUCUGUUUCUACUGUCCUCCAAGACGAUUAUUUUUCACUGCUAUUUCUGUACGUGGACUGAAAACAUUCUAAGAUGAGGUCUUGCUCUCUUUCACCUCUGUUUCCGUGUUUAUUAUGAGUUCUCAGAUGUAAAUGUGGAUUAACAUUGCACACAAGUACUAGAUGUUUGACUUGCUGUAUAUGCAAAGUAGUCUAAUCCAAUACUGGAAGAAAAAAUUACUACUGAACCCAUCAAAUAUGUUGCUGCUAAUUCAAGGUGUGAAGCUUACAAGGACACAGGUGUUGGUAGUGUUCAGAUGGUGAUAAAAUGUUGACUUGCUGCCCUUCAGCAAAUGUGUUUAUCCAGUGAAACACAACUCUGUUGCAAGAGUUCUGUGGAUUUAUUGUGUUUCUUGCUUUAUGGAAAUGCAGCAAAAUUCAUGUGAAGAUUGACGUAGAAAGAGAGAAUGAAUUUGUACAUUGUUACAUGAUUCACCCUUAAGGUACACUGGUUUCCAUUUCAUUUCAAAUGGGAGAAUUGGACUUUCUGAACAAUAUAACCACAUUUGUAUGGUGUUAAUUUA